AGUUGACCGCGGGCUUUCGCGAGAGCUGACGUCUAUGGGAAUGAUUUGCUUCGGUACACAUAAUAACGCGGAAAACUUUACGUUUAAUUCGCGAUAUUUUAAAGUCGUAAACUGAAUGUCGAUUUAAUAAGUGAAGUUUUUUUAAUUUUUUUUAAAUACAUCAAUGGUGGUUUAAUUCGUGCAGCCAAGAACUGCCGCAACCAAUGCAGUACCCAGAGUGACCGUCUGUAUCACGAUGCUCCAAUGCUCGCUUUUCGUACUUACACUCUUAUGCAUAUCUGUUAAAGAUAUCACUGGUAGUUGGGAGGAAUGGUGGACAUACGAUGGAAUAUCAGGUCCCGGAUUUUGGGGCCUAAUAAAUCCACAAUGGAGUAUGUGCAACAAGGGAAGGAGACAAAGCCCUGUCAAUGUCGAACCAGAGAAGCUGCUAUUUGAUCCCUGGCUGAGGGAUAUACAGUUCGAUAAACACAAGGUGAGCGGCAUUCUACAAAACACGGGCCAAUCUUUAGUCUUUCGGGUUGACAAGGAUUCGAAACACCAAGUGAACAUCAGCGGCGGACCUCUUUCCUAUCGGUAUCAGUUCGAGGAGAUUUACUUCCACUAUGGGCUUGAGGAUCAUCGAGGAUCGGAGCAUCAGAUCGACCAUCACACGUUUCCUGGAGAGAUUCAACUUUACGGUUUCAAUAAAGAACUAUACCAUAAUAUGUCCGAAGCACAACAUAAAUCUCAAGGUGUUGUUGGAAUUUCCCUUAUGGUUCAAAUUGGUGAACCGAUAAAUAAAGAUUUGAGAUUGAUAACUAGCGCUUUUAACAACGUACGGUUUAGAGGAAGCUCCUUCCCUAUAAAGCAUUUACCACUGAGUUCCCUGCUGCCUGAUACCCAACAAUAUCUGACAUACGAGGGCUCAACCACGCAUCCUGGAUGUUGGGAGACUGCUGUCUGGAUCAUUUUCAACAAACCUAUUUAUAUCUCCAAGCAAGAGAUGUACGCAAUUCGCCGGCUAAUGCAAGGCUCACAAAUAUCACCCAAGGCUCCUUUGGGUAAUAAUGCGAGGCCAGUGCAGCCACUGCAUCACCGUACCGUCAGGACCAACAUUAACUUCAAUAGACAAGGAGUUCCGGUGUCAAGCAACUGUCCUGAUAUGUACCGCAACAUGCAUUACACCGCUACCCAAUGGCCGCGGGAACACAGCAUGCGCUAUAGAAGCGCCGAAGAUAUGUCAAUGUUGCAACCUAAUUAAAUUAAACUAUCUACCUUUAUACCUAUCUUUUGGAACAUUGUUUCAUAUUCUUAUAGGUGGUCAAUUACUAUUUUAGGUUUUAGUUCAAGAUCCCUUGAUCUUGAUCUAUUUGUCUUUUCGUCAAUGUUAAUUACGUGUAUUACCAAACUUAAAAGUUCAGUUGUUAUCAUUACUUUUCAAAAUCUAUACCAUUUAAUAUUAAUAUUAAUUGAUAGUGCAGACUAAAUAUGCUUUAAAUAAAUCUACUGGACACAUUUUCGCGUUUUACUUAUUUUAAACACCCGAUAUAAUUAAGAGUACUUUUCAGCAGCUAUUGAGACAGAGAUGUUCAGAUUUUUAAUAAUAAAGAUCUUGGAAAGCUUAAAAUAAGUACAUUUAAACGCCAUUACACCCGCAAUACUUUUAUUUAAUGUGUAACAUGCUUCUCUUUGUUAAUAAUCUUACAAAAUAUCUAAUAAUGAAGUUAUAUAUUAAUGUAGUAUGUUCCUUUAGAAAAAGAUAUAAAAUAAUAUGUGUUGAAUAAUUAGAAACUGCUUUCUGUUAUAAAGUUAUAAUAUCGUCAAUUGUGUAGACAAUAUCUUCCUUGAUAUACUCUUUAAUAUAUAAGCAAUAAGAAUACGUGUAAGCUUAUACAAAUAUAUUUCAUACAAAAAAAUCUUUGCUAAAAUUAAUAAACAAAAAAUGUACCACUAACAAUUAGUGCAUAUAUCUGUAGAUGUAAAUAAAUUUGUAAAUAAAUAAUAUUAUAUAAAAUUAUCAUAUUAUGGUAUAUCAUAAAACGUCCAUGAUGUUUGUUAAUUAUGUAGGUGUCGAUAUUUACAUAAUUCUAAGCAAAUAAAUUGCUUUGUCAAUUUAUUUUAGUGUUAAUUUCUUUUUAAUAUUAUAACUCUACAUGUUGCCAGUUGCCCAUGCCGACAUUUUAAAGUAAGGUAAUUAUUUCAAUAUUAGUCAUGUGUGUAGUGUAAAUAUAAACAAGCGAAUUUGUUGGCAGUUAGUUAUAGCUUAAUCAAUAUUUUAAAAAUAAGUAAUAUUGGACAGUUAAUAUUUUUGUGUAGUACCUAUAUAAUAAAGAUGUAUCUAUAAAUUUCUAAAUGACUAUUUAACAUAAAAUGUAAAGAAAACAAGCUUAUGGUUAGAAUUAGAUAAAUAUAAAUAUGAAUAGGUAUAUAGAAAUACUAAAUAACUUAGCUUUCAAUAAAAAAAAAAUUAAAUGAUAAUUAUGUAUAUUGUCAUAUAUAUCUUAUUUCAAUGGACCCUUAAGGAAUAUAUAUUGUAGAAGUAUCACCUAACAAAAUCAAAAUGUUUCCAAAUGUUAACAUGAUUGCUGUAAUGUACUUAAGGAAUUUAAAAUGCUAGUAUGUAUAGACAUCUGUAUUUAACUGACUUGGAAAUAAAACAUUUAUAACGG